UGGCGUUUCUACCAUUCAGAACAGCAGCUGCAGCUUCAGGGAUCUUUUUGUUUUUAACUCUACGACAAUGAGUGAAUCACUGGUGGUGUGUGACGUGGACGAAGAGCUGGUUAAAAAGGUGAAGAAGUUCCGUCUGCGGAAGGAGACCGAUAACGCGGCCAUCGUUAUGAAGAUUGAUAAAGAGAAGCAGCUGGUUAUCCUUGAAGAGGAACAUGCGGAUAUUUCUCUUGACGAUCUGAGGGAUAUACUGCCCGAGAGACAGCCCAGGUUUAUCGUCUACAGUUACAAAUACCUCCACGACGACGGGCGCAUCUCCUACCCCCUCUGCUUCAUCUUCUCCAGCCCAGUGGGCUGCAAACCGGAGCAGCAGAUGAUGUACGCGGGAAGCAAAAACCAGCUGGUGACGACUGUUGGGAUGUCCAAGGUGUUUGAGAUCAGAAACACGGAGGACCUGACGGAGGAAUGGCUGAAGGAGAAACUCGUGAUCUUCGGCUAAAGUAAAUAAAACCCUGUAAUCACUCCGGUCUACAAAGGACAACGAAGACCUCAGACUUCCGUGAGACGUGUUGUUCCUUCUCCCGUGCACAAUACAAGCUGCAGAUGUUCCCGUCGGUCCAUCCUCAGAUCACCUUUCCAUCUGUUGAGAGGAAACCGUGUGACUCGUGGGUAAAGCUGGUCCAGAUCUCACUCAUGGAAACGAUAUUCCCACUGAAACAUUCCAGACAAACGACAGUCUUAAACGCUGCAGACCUUUUAAUCUCCUGGGCGUCUCUGUUUAAGUGGGUCACUUGUUGGCUAAUAUUGUGCAUCAUAGCUAUUGCUGUUAUUAGUGUUUAUGAAUGUCGUGCUUCGGUCCGAUUGCUUAUUGCUGGUCGCGGUUUGACAAUAUUGUCUGUGACGUCUCCAUAAAUGCCAGUUGUGCUUAACAUUCAGACUUGAUAGGUGAAAUUCCAUCUUCCAUACAGAACAGUGUGUCUUUUUUUGAAGGCUGUUAUUGAUAUUUACAUAUUGAAUGUGCCAGCAGACCAUAAUAUCUAUUUAUACAAUUUCAUUUUUAAGUUUGAAUUGAAACACAGACUGAGGUUAACAUGACCAUUUUUGGAGUGCAGCAUGUGUCACAUACACACGUUUUAUGUGUAUUUGGUUAUUGUUCACGCCCCAAAGUACCAGGUCUUCCAUGUGUCCUGCUGAUGAUCCUCAACAUCAGCAUUUAAACCAAUCCAACGCACUAAAACGUUGAACCAGUUGCUGGUACUUUAAGGAUUAGUGGCUUUUAACAGCAGCAUAGGCGACCAGCCUCAGAUACUUAAAGCUACACACAAAUGCACUUAAAAACUGCAAAGAAUUAAUUGUAUUUCUGGCGCUAAAUGCUGUUUUUGUUGUGAGCGAUGAGGAAGAAACUUCCAUUUUCUUGAUCUGAUCCUUAAUAAAAGCUUAAUAUCCGCUCUGUUUAUUGGUCUGACCUUAAUAAAGAGUAAUGGGCACAAAAAUCCAUAUUUCACUUACUUUGUGAAACAUAAGGGAGUUUUUGUCGCUGGUUUAAAGCCCCCUACCUACAGUCAUUGAUGAUGUCAUACCAAUGCCGUGUCUUAACUUUUUAUUUUGUCAUAUAAACGUCUAAAUAAAAUUAUGAGGCCAAAAUGUAAAUGUGACACAAAUAGGUUUUGGGGGGGAAUAGAAGGUGAUUGGAGAAGCUUAGUUGGGGGAUUAUAUUUAUAUUUUUCUAACUUUCUGAUGUGUAAAAUCAUAGAUAUGACUCAAAGAUAUGUAUCCACAAUGACACCAUUUCAUAUAAAUACUAUAUGAUUAUUAAUAAUUACUCAUGUAUCAUUACUGAUUUACAUGUCAGGGCAGGAACGACAAUCAUUGAUAUCAUCAAAGCUGAGAUUUACACUGUCAGUAUUAUGCUGCUGUGGCAGAAAAACAUAACUCCAACGUGGAUAAUUAUAUGUUAAUAUAGUUCCUAGUUCUCCGAUAUCCUUUAUGGCUAAAUAAAGUUUUAUUUUAAAUGUUGAAACAUGCAAUGAACUGAUUUUGAAAUUCUUAAAACCUCAGAAAUGUGAAGAGCUACUGGAAAAUGAAUGCAUGCUUUAACGUAUGUCUGAACAGUUUCAAUAAUGCCGUAUUCAAGAAUCUGCUGCUAUGUUGCAUGCAUUUUAAAUUAUUUAGUUCAAAUGAUUAGACUGAAUUUAUUUGCACACACACUCUUUUAAAAAAGGGGCAACAUUUGCAUUUUAAACAUAUAGUUUCAGCUGCCCUCUUUAUCUGAAAUAUUACUGAUUAUACUUUCUUUAAAAAAAAAAGAAUACUCUGCUUCUGCUAUUUGUCAUAUAAAUGGGUUUUAAUGGACUGUCCAUUGAUCAUGUAUGAAUCAGAAUCAACCCCCUCAUUAUAUGGUCUAAUAACUAAGUGUUCCCUGUAUCUGGUGUUGUCCGGUGGGUCCAGCUUUCCCGACUAUGUGGUGAACAUGUUGUAUAUUAUACUUUAAACUUGCAAAUGUAUCCUUCGGCUCUUGGCGUCUUGUAUAAUCAAAUGCUUACUAUUCUAUUUUCUUUCCUUUUUAACGAAAACACAGCUGAGAAAAGUAUCAUUACCAGCUGCCUCAUGGCAUCACUGACACUUGAGAUAUUUGUAUUUUCCCAUACUUUAUAAAGUGUGUAUUGUCCUAUUGUUCAAAUAAAAUAAAAUUCAAAUUGUUCUUGUUUA